AUGAUGUUAAUUUCGCUUGCUUCGAUCCUCCUUGUCUCGAGCGCUUCUUGCGCUGCGGCAGCCGCGCCCUCGUCGCCCGCCUUUCCGGUCGUUGAUCUGGGCUAUGCGCGCCAUGCGCCGACAUCCAUCAACACUACCAAAACCAACAUCACAUACGCCACGUAUCGCAACAUUCGCUUCGCGCAGCCGCCCGUCGGAAAUCUCCGUUUUCGACGGCCGGUGACGCCGCCGCCCGCGUCCAGCGGCAUCCAGGACGGCGUGGUGCCGCUCAACAGCACAAAUUGCAUCCAGACGGUACCGCACUGGCUGGCGCCAACGCCUGGCCUCAACGGCUCGACUUGGGGCAGCGAGGACUGUCUGUUUCUUGACGUGUAUGUGCCUGGUGGCGUGUCGAUGGCGUCUGCAGCACCCGGUCUUCCUGUGAUGCACUGGAUCUAUGGCGGCGGCUACUUUUUCGGAGCCAAGGAUACGGGAAACGACCCGUCUUCGCUAUUUGAAGAGAUGGGUGCGGAUGAGAAGUUCAUCGUCGUGGCAUCUAAUUACCGCUUGGGGCCGAUUGGCUGGCUUAGCUCAGACACGGAGCAAUCGCUGGAUAGGAAUGCAGGCUUGUAUGAUGUGCUGGAGGGGCUCAGAUGGACGCAAGAGUACAUUUACCGAUUUGGCGGCGACCCGGACAAAGUGACGGCCAUGGGCCAGUCAGCAGGCGGAGGCAACUUGUUUCAGAUUCUUGGCGCUGAUGCGCAAGGCACGCCGGCGCCGUUUUCGCAGGCUUUCAUCUCGUCGCCGGGAUACCGGCCCCAUGUCAACCGCUCCCAGGAAAUGACGGCGAUAUAUCGACAGUUUCUCAACGCCACGAGUUGCGACGAUGCAGACUGCUUGCGUAAGGUCCCUAUGGAAAGGUUAGUAGAGGCGAACCGGUACAUGAUACUCGAUGCGCCGCCGGGUCCCUUUGGUGGUCCGAGUAUUGGCUUCGGCCCCAUCAUCGACGGCGAUUUGGUCCAAGAUGCGCCGGAGCGGAUCUUGAGUCAGGCAGCGGAGAACGGCGGCCCCAAGGGCCGCGUCACGAGGAUCAUUGGCGGCGGCAUGAAGAACGACGGCAUUGGCAACGUGAACACGACAUGGGAAGCCAUGCUGGCGCAGUUUGCGCGCACCCCGAGCAAUGCUACGGUACAAAGAAUUGCCAGUCUAUAUGGACAGCCUAGCAACUCGGCAGCGGGCACACUUCCAGGGGACGUUCCUGCACCGACCGUCUUUGACAAGUUCUACGGCGACAUCAUCUACGAGUGCCAUUCCCAUCUUGCCGCCAGGCUGUGGUCCGCUGCCACCCAAAAGGAGCACUCCAGUCCCUGCGCACCACCACAGAAGCGCUACGCAUCCUACCGCUACGACCAGUCGAUACUGCCUGCGCUCCACGGUGGCGACCUCAACUAUUACUUCUUCGACGCGGCUAUCGCUGCGCUGGACAAGACGGUGAUUCCGGACGUGGCGCGCGAGUUUCAGCACCAUGUGCGGCAGUUUAUCCUCGGGCGAGACUUGGACGGCUGGCCCGAGUUUGGUGGCACGGGCCUGCAGACGCCGUCGUGGAUGAAUGUGACGAGCGAGGGCUUCCGUGCUGUGGUCGGGAAGGAUGAGAGUGUGCGCGCAAAGAGAUGCGAGGCGAUUGUGGAAUUACUGAGCAAUACAGAAGAUGGUUGGUAA